AUGGUCCGCGUCAAACACCGCUACCUCCUCCUCGACAUCCUCUACCCAGAUCCCACCUCAUGGCCACCCUCAACCACAGCGCCCAAAAAUGCACCACUAACCGCACAAUCCCAAUUGCAAAUCCACUCGCCCACAUCCGACGCCCUGACGCCGAGCUUACUCGCGAAGAUGGUGAGGGAGGAAGUCGCAGAGAUAUUCGGUGAUUGGGGCGUGGGGAGACUGGGUGGUGUUACCGCUGGAGGUGUUAGUG